CAUGCGGAGGUGUGAUUGGCUGCAGGGCUAUACGAACCCCGGCAGAACAGGAGGGUCCAGGACAGGAUGCAGUACAGGUAGUACCACACGCGUGCGCAAGCUCUCUGGGGAGAGAAAGAGGCAGAUGGAAGAGGAGGGACGUGUGUAUAAAAGGGAGGUGGACGCCCACGGGAAUGGAAGAUGCUGCAACAACCUUGGAUUUCGUUGCGACUUUCUCUUCUCACCAGGACACUUGCUGCGAGUCUUGAGCGCUGUCUGGAGCUGUUCUAUUCAUUCCAUCUCGAACCUCCUCUCUAAGAAUAAAAAAAGCCGCUACACCGCAUCUAGCUGUCGCGCGAACCCCCCGGCGUGCUCGCCAACAUGCCCCAAAGCAGCACGCUCCAAACCCCAAGCAGAGAAGCUCCAUCGGCUUCCGCGCCCCAGCCUCACCACCGCCGCCGCUCGUCCCCAACAACAUCUUCCUGCACAAUGGCGGGCGACUCCAGCGACGCAGGGACCCCCCCCUCGCGAAAAAAGAAGAAGAAGAAGAAGGGUCCCGCGGCGACAGAGAAGCGCGAUGACCGGGGAGGGGGUCAUAGUCGUGUUGAUAGUGGGACUGCGCAGCCGGGAUUGA